AUGCUUUUGGCAAAAGUUUUCACGAGAGUGGCUCUAUUUAAAGCUCAGUUUCGCAAUCCUUGUUUUCGUUGGCCAAUAGUAUGCAGGCUGUGCAAUUCUUUGCUUAAUUUUGUUGUGGAGGUUGAGAGUAGGAACUCGGAGUGGCUUAACAUUGUCAUGGCAGAUGCAGAGAACUCGAAAUGGCAUCCCGAGCUCCUCCAUUACGACAUCAGAUAUGUGCAUUGCUUUGUUAUAGUGGACAAGAAGGGGAUGGCACCGGCAAAGACGGGGAUUCCGAGCAGUCGACUGCACGUAAUAGCAGGCCUCUCUCAUCUUCUCAACGUGAAGCUUCCUCACAAAACUAUAGCUGGAGUUCAGAGCACAAAUGCUGUUCCAUGUUUUUGUGAUUAUUUUGUUUUUUCUCAUGUUACUGAGUGUCUGUAUUGGCAGAAAGUUGAUUAGAUUCUAGA